AUGGAAUUUACAUAAACCUAUUGAAAACUAAUGUUCAAUUAUACCAUGAUAAAUAUUCGGUGGCCAUACGUAGAAUUAGUUUCUGUAAAAAUAUACUAUGGAAACAUGAAUUAGUGUCAUAAGCGUUCAAUUUUAGUUCAUAGAGGGGGCACUACGAGCCCAACAAAAUUAUUUUCGUUUAUACUACCUGGUAAAAUGCAUAUUGUUUUUUGGACAUUACUGCGGCUUUAUAACGUUAAGCGGUACUUCAGUUGUUAUUGAAGGUUAUCCUAAUGCAUAAGGUUCAGAAAGUUGUGUCUCAAGUCUACAUGGUUAAAAGGAUUGAGUUUUAAUGUUCCGCCUGGUUCGAAGUUCGACAUUCAUUAAAAGGAUAUUUAUAAGUAGUUCCUUAUUAUAUUUAAAUCCAUGUCAACUCUACUAGAUACUGUUGUGUUAUCAAAAAUGGAAAGCUCACACACACCUAUUACUAUAGAUUUGACAUCGUUCCCUGAAUUGUACACAGAAGAGAAUAUUGCACUGCAUGGGAUUUUUAAAAAGUAUGGUUUCGAUAUACGUAUAGCAGGUGGUGCAGUUCGUGAUAUCCUAUUGGGCGUUUCUCCGCAUGACAUCGAUUUUGCGACGGAUGCUACACCAACUCAGAUGUGUGAGAUGUUUACCAAUGAAGGCAUAAGAAUGCUAAACAAAAAUGGAGAGUCCCAUGGAACAGUUACAGCUCGAAUUAAUGAUAAAGAAAAUUUUGAAAUUACUACAUUACGAAUUGAUGUUGUCACAGAUGGAAGACAUAGUAAAGUUUCUUUUACAAAUGACUGGAAGUUAGAUGCUGGAAGAAGAGAUCUUACAGUGAAUUCUAUGUUUUUAAGUGUUGAUGUACACGGACUAACUGACCAGACUAACGAAGCAGCAAGUGAUAUUUCUCAAAAAGAAAAUGGUUUAAUUAACAAAUCACAGAAAGUAUUAGGAUAUUUAUGGGAUUAUUUUGAUGGUCGUGAUGAUUUAAGAAAUCGUCGCAUACGAUUUGUUGGGGAUCCAGACGCCAGAAUAAAAGAGGAUUAUUUAAGAAUAUUAAGAUAUUUCCGAUUUCAUGGCCGUUUGGCAACUGAAGAUACUUAUGAUAGACAUGAUGAAGAUAUUCUAAAAGUUAUAGCAUUAAAUGCUGAUGGUUUAGCAAUAAUAUCUGGUGAGCGUUGUUUGAGUGAAUUGAAAAGGAUUUUAUUGUACCCAUCAACUCCAUUUCUUUUACGUCGUAUGGCAGAUGCUGGACUAUUUGUUCAUCUUGGUCUACCUGAGAAACCAAAUUUUGAGGAAUUGAACAAAAUUUGGAGUAAAGGCAUUUUGUCUACCUUACCAAAUCCAGUCACUUGUUUAGCUGCGCUUGUAUCUUCACCAGAUGAAGCUGAAAUACUAGAACAACGCCUUCAUCUCUCCAAUAUUGAAUUAAUUAUUCUCUUGUAUAUAUUAAAGAAACGUGAUCAUUGUGCUAGUUUAUCGGAUGAAGAAGAAGUUAAAUUUCACGAAAAGGAGUAUGUGCUGUCACAAGAUCCUAGUAAAUUGAAAAUAGCUAUAACAGAAAUGUUGAAAUAUUUAGUCAGGGAUAAAGCAUUAAUUGACAAAUGGAUAUCGUGGCAACCUCCAAAAUUCCCGGUUAAUACUACUGUGCUUAUUAAUCAAUGGGGUUUACGGGAUAAAUUGAUUCGACCGGUUUUAUUUAAAUUACGUGAACAAUGGUGUGAAUCGGAUUAUCAGUUGACAGCAGAUGAAUUAUUGAAUGAUAAUAAUAAACAGUUGGUUAUGAAUCUUUUAAAUAAUCAUUUGAUUAAUACACCUGAAAAAUUAACAGGAAGAGCUAAAAAAUCGAAAAGAUGACUUAUGCAUUAGUUUUGUUGAUCUAAUUUAUGUAGAUACUUGAAGUGUACAUGUAUUAUAUACAUUCUUUAAUUUGUGUUCUUCUUGUCUUAUAAAAAUAAACUACUUUUAGGUUCACUUACUGAGAAUGAAAGAAACUCGAUUGUUCUUUAAAAGUGUGAUUACAUAUGAUGAAUAAACUCUGCCAGAUUACUUCUAUUCACUGUCUUUAUGCCACAUUGAGUAUUUUCAUAAAAGUGCAAAGGAGGGAAUUCAUAUUUUCAGAGCUCAUCUUCAAAUUGACCGGUACAAAGAACUGAGAAACUGAUUUCAAAUGAAUGUCGCUUAAUGGCUCUAGGAUCCGAAGAAAGCAAUGAAUGCACAUUGAUUGUAUAUUGCAUACAUCUAGUCCUUGGUUUUGAUGCUACUUGAAUCCUAUCAGUCAAGUCUGCAAUAUAGUUAUCACGCUAGGUUGACUGGUCAUCGCCAGUGUUAUCCUGUUUUGAUCAUUGUUAACAGCAAGAAUGUAGAGCCUAACAUUGUUCCGUUACUCUGGGGAUUAAACUUCAACUCAAAGAAGUGAGGAAUGAUCUGUUAAGUCAAUCACCUACCUAUGUUUGGGUUAUUCGGAGCUUAUCUCAGCUAUUACACGGUAAUCGCAGUGAGAAUUUCGAGUUUCUAGUGUGAUGAUACGCCGACCUCCGAAUUUUUCUCAUUACAAACUGCAUACUCAUUUGUCUGAGUUAUUCCAGUAAUGUAGUUUGUUGCAUUCUUUUACAUGCAUGCAGACUGUACUACUUUUAAGUCUUUUCUACUUGUAUUUCCAUCUGUAUUUCACUUAGGAACUUGUCCUGGUUUAUCCCUAGUCUCCCUCAAUUGUUUUGAUUCUCUAGGCAGUCGUUUCCCAGAUAGUUGACCUCCAGUGUUAUACUAAAAACAACUAUUCUGUUUUGGUUCUUUUUUAAACUUGUCACCUAUUGUAUUUGCUCCUUUAUGAAGUUGGAUAACAAAUUAGUUGGGCUAGAGAGUGUUGUUUUUCAAUCUUCCAUGGACCAACGAACUGCAUACGUGAUACAUCAAAUCAGAGUUAUAUCAUCAAUUUCGUAAUCUUGAAGGGAACAGAAACAGUCGGAACCGUUGAAAGAUAGAUUACCAAGUAAAUCACGUUUGAAACUAAUAAAAUAUGACUGCGUUUCAAUGAGUGUUCAAUUUAUACGGAGUAUUUCUGUCGGCGUUUUUACCUCAUAUCUCUGUUUACUGUCUCUAUUUUGUACUUAUUUUUACUUUCUUCCCUUGCUCUGUGUACUGCAUAGAGUGUGGCGACUCGAACUGCUGCACAUCGGUGUAAAGUUCUAUAUUGAAACCAUUCAGUCAGUCGGUGUUUUUGCUUUCUGUAUUUGUAG